CGCACAGUGAGCAGAAGCAGAGGCAGAUGAAGAAGAGGAGGAGGAGGAGGAGGAGGAAUGUGUAGCUCUUUAGUGCACAUACGAAGCAUUUUUUAUGGGAGCAAUAAUGCGCUUAAUAUGACGCAAGGACGUUUGGGGACACGUUUUGGACACUGCUGAACUUCUGUUUUGCACUUUUCAGGGUAAAGAGACACGAAAGAAGAUUAUUUUGUACACUGGAAUGUGCCUGACUUGUGGUGCUUUUGUGGUGCUGAAGGGACAGCGACGACAACUGGCUCGCUUAAGGGAGCUGACCGGUUCUGAAGGACCUGACAGGGGAGAGGAAUUAAAGUCACAGUAACACAAACCGGGACCAUUUCUAAAAAUAUAUAUUUACACUCUUAGAAUGUUCUCGCCACAGUUUUCUGGGAGAACAAACUUUUUAAAUAACUUUCCGUAAAGUGUGAGGUGGUAGCAGUGUGUGUGUGUGUGUGUGUGUCUGUGUCUGUGUGUGUGUGUACCUGCCAUCAUGCCUCGCUCUUUCCUGGUGAAGAAAGUCAAGCUGGAUGACAUUUCAACCGCCGAGCUGGAGAGCUCCUACUGUCACGGCCGACGUGGGGAACUGAGCCUGCGAUUCCAUCAUCAUAAAAGUUAUGAGCGGGAUUAUCUGAGCCCAUCCCCGUACGAUGACCCGGUGCGCAGCGCCUUGCCCGCCAUCUCCAAAGCGCCCCCUUCCCCUCCCCGCCCGUCCAUCAUCUACAGCCGCAUCGGCGGCGGCUACGCGGGCGGCCUCCACGGCGACAUCCACGGCGACUCGGACCAGCCCGACAGUCCCCGCUCGGAGGUGUCGUCGGCGGCCGGCGGCUACAUCAACGGGGACGCCGCCGUCGGCGAGGCCUACGCCGUGGACGCCUUCUUCAUCGUGGACGGCCGUUCGAGACGGAAGGGAGCCGGAACCGCAGAGGGAGCCGGCGCGGGCGGGCCCGGAGCCCCGCAGAGGCACUCGUGCGGCGAGUGCGGCAAAACCUACGCCACCUCGUCCAACCUGAGCCGCCACAAGCAGACGCACCGCAGCAUGGACAGCAAGAUGGCCAAGAAGUGCCCGACGUGCGGCAAGGUGUACGUGUCCAUGCCCGCCAUGGCCAUGCACCUCCUCACGCACGACCUCAAACACAAGUGCGACGUGUGCGGCAAGGCCUUCAGCCGCCCGUGGCUGCUGCAGGGUCACAUGCGUUCGCACACGGGCGAGAAGCCCUUCGGCUGCGCGCACUGCGGCAAGGCCUUCGCCGACCGAUCCAACCUGCGCGCGCACAUGCAGACGCACUCGGCGUUCAAGCACUACAAGUGCAAGCGCUGCGACAAGACCUUCGCGCUCAAGAGCUACCUGAACAAGCACUACGAGUCGGCAUGCUUCAAGGGGGCCUUCUCGCCUAUCGGCUCGCUUGGGGAGUGACGCCCCGGCGUUUUCGCCACCCGGAUGAUUCCACGCGUGGACUCCCCUUCCAACCGUGCUGCGGCCCACUUGACACCGGCCGGUGGGAGGGCUUCUGAUUGCGCACUCAAGAUCGGUACACUUCCCCUCGUCUGGCACGCUUGGAUAAGGCGUGGCGUGGUCAUGCGGUCACUACAAGGCAGUGGCGGGCAAUGCAUUUGGUACCUGGGCCUUCAGUGAGACUUUGCCAACUUAAUCCACCUCUUAAUAUCACCACCAUCACAUCACAGUUAGAGAAACCAUCAAUACUUCACAAAAACGCAAUAUAACAGCUCGCAACUGUUCCACAUUCAUCAACUGAAGCAGUUCAGAAUCAAUAGUUCAGUUCAGUAUCAAAGCAUUUCGAUAAAACACAUUGGACUCAGAUGUAUUUUGUACUGUUAGCUGCAGGCAUGUUUGGCUAGUCAAAGUUUUGUUCUGACCAACCAAUCAGAGAACGGAAAAACGCUGACAUCAUCGAGGACCAGCGCUCUGACCCUAUGAGGAUGAAAAUGAAAUCUAAUCACCGAAAGAAACAUUCCCAUUGCUAAUGGAGUUGAAGUUAUCUUGAGCAGCAAAACUUAUUCUCAAGGCUCUGGGCAGAUGAAAUUGACAUAGAGACUGAAAUCUGAUUGGACAAAAAAAAAAAAAAAAAAAAAAUCGAACCCACCCGUGUACUGAAAACAGUCCAGACAAGAAAAACACAAGAGAAUGAAGAGAAUAGACCGUAGGCAAUAAAUUCAUACAAUUUCAUGGAACAAAUCCAAGAAUUUAGGUUGUAAAUAUUGCUCAGUACUUCGGAUAGUGUUGAGGUCAGCAGUGAAGACCUUGCUGAUCCUGACCCACCCACCACUGCUGUAAGGCGGUCAUUCGAUAACCGGCACAUUACGCAAUAGAAAUAAAUACAACAACUUGAAAUAAGCCACAAAGUCAGAAAAAGUCCGUUUGGUCACUCACGGCUACAUGCUCAAUGUACGUGUCAUAUAGUCAAUGCUAUCACUUCUUUUUGCCAGGUAUUCAUGACACAAUUUACCCAAUAGAAAUAAACGUAACAACUACAAAUAACACACAGAGUGAAAACGUAAAAAGUCCACGACACACCAUCAGGCUCGGGCAGACGUGAAACGUGCAGGUCGUGGCCCCUCUUGCCAGUUACUUAUGAUAACUGCCACCAGGCACAGUAGAAAUAAACACAGCCACGACUCGAAAUAAUCCACACAGUCAAAAAAAAUACUCCACUCGGUCACACCGCAUGCCCAGUGUACAUGUAAUCCAUGCUGUCAUUCUUCUCAACAGUCAUUCAUAAUCACAGCGCCCUUGCCUAAUAGAAAGACACAGAACUACUAGAAAUAAUCCAUAGAGUAAAAAAAAUAAAUAAUAAUAAUCCACUCGGUCACACAUAGGUUUACAGCCAUUGUAUGUGUCAAAUAAUCAAUGUUAUGCAUCAUGGUAACUGAAUCGCCUUGACCAUUAGAAAUAAACAUAAUAAGAAAAAAAUUAUCCACGUAGACAAAAAAAGAAGAAGGCCAACAGCACGCACAGUCAAAUAUGCAAGAACCUGCCAUUGCUCCUCUGGCCAUUUGUUCAUGAUAACUGGACACCUUGAAUAAUAGUAAUAGAUACAACGGCUCAAAAUAAUCCACAAAGUUAGAAAAAGUCCGUUUGGUCACAAACAGUCACACAUGGACUGUACGUGCCUCUUGACAGUUAUUUUUGAUAACAGCCACUGUCCAAAAUUGAAAUAAACAAAACAACUCGGAAUAAUCCACAAAGUCAAAAAAUCGAAGCAGCAAAGGCCGACAAACAAAGCACAGCACAUCUAGCUCAUCAUAACCCAAGAGUGUCAUAACUAACACAAGCAAGCACAAUGGCAUCGGAAAAGCAACAGAGUCCGUGUUCACACUGUAACCGAAUACGAGCCAGUGACGCGGACAACAAACAAAAAUCACCAGGGUCUUUUUUGUUUGAUUUGUUUUUAAAGAAGCGGUUGCCAAACUGUGGCUCAGGACCCAAAAAUAGGUCAUUUUUUAUUGUAAAAUUCACAUCUUCUGCUGCUUUUUAUCAUGGGUUUAAAUAUACAGUAUACUUCCAUAGUACUACGGCAAUACACUCAGUAUUUAUCUUAAAAACGGUAUGUCUUAGCUGCCAAUGUUAAUGGAGACAUUCAAAAUGCCAAGGCCUGACCUUUAAAGGUACUUGUGUAAAAAAGAUUAAAAAAAAAAAAAAAACGUCACCACACAGUAUUCUGCUACUAUUUAUUUAUUUAUUUGAGUUUUUAAACAGCAUUUAUUUGCACUUUAUUUCGCCUUCUGUUUGGAAUAUGCCAAAGCAUUUGACACUUUCUAAUUUAUUUUGCCUUUAAUGUCUUUUUUUCUCUCAACAUUUUAACGAUCAACUGCAUGCAAAAAAAGUGACAAUAACAGCCGAGCAAUGAAAAACUAUGCCAAUUUUAUGAAUCUUUAUGAAUUAGUUGCCCAAAAAAAGCAAAAUGUUGUUUUUUCUUCUCCGUAUCUGAUCAAGCAAUAAUGCAUUUUUUUCCCAUAUCAACAGUUUUUUUUUUCUGUCAUUAUAUAUGUAGUGAUGAGACGAUGAAAUAUCAGGGAGUUUGCAAACCAUGGAAGCUAUAUCUACAGUAUAUAUAUCUAUAUAUUUGUAUUACAUGCUCUCUCUCUCUCUCUCUCUCUUACACACACACACACACACACACACACACACACACACACUAUGCUAUGAUCCUUUUGAGGCCUUCUCCGCUGAGGCGAUUGAUCGUGGACACGUUAUGCAUGACAGUUAUGU